UAACCUAAUAAGGCCAUGAGGAUGUGGGGACCUGUAUAAAAGGCGUAGCUCGUGCAGGGACUCUUCGCAGAGCAGGCAGGAGCCACCCGGCGAGAGGACGACCAUGCCAAGGAGUGGGGCUACGCCAGCCACAAUGGUCCUGACCACUUGGCAUGAGCUUUACCCAAUUGCCAAGGAGACAACCAGUCGCCCAUCGAGCUGCAUACUAAGGACAUUAAGUACGACUCUUCUCUGCUGCCAUGGUCAGUUUCUUAUGACCCUGGCUCUUGUAAGACCAGCCCACAAUGGGAAGACCUGCAGAGUUGUGUUUGAUGAUUCUUUUGACGUUCAAUGCUGAGGGGUGGUCCUCUCAGUGGACCCUACCGGCUCCGCCAGUUCCACCUGCACUGGGGUUCCUCUGAUGAUCACGGCUCCGAGCACACUGUGGAUGGAGUCAAGUACGCAGCGGAGCUGCAUUUAGUUCACUGGAAUCCAAAGUACAACACGUUUGCAGAAGCUCUGAAGCAACCCGAUGGAACAGCCGUGGUUGGCAUUUUUCUGAAGAUAGGACGUGAGAAGGGCGAAUUUCAGCUGAUUCUUGAUGCACUGGAUAAAAUUAAAACAAAGGGCAAGGAGGCACCCUUCACAAACUUUGAUCCAUCAUGCCUGUUCCCUGUCUGUCGAGACUACUGGACCUAUCACGGCUCUUUCACCACACCACCCUGUGAGGAGUGUAUCGUGUGGCUAUUGCUCAAGGAGCCCAUAACUGUGAGCUCUGACCAGAUGGCCAAGCUGCGCAGCCUCCUGUCCAGUGCUGAGAAUGAGCCCCCGGUGCUGGUGGGGAACUGGCGCCCCCCACAACCCAUCAAGGGCAGGGUGGUGAGAGCCUCCUUCAAAUGAGCCCUCACAGGAAGGGAAACCUGCCCCAGAGAGCUUGGUUCCUGGCCUACUUUCGGUGCUCCUUACUCCAAGUGUAUUUCAGUUUCCAUAUUGAGCAAUGAAUGAAAGAGAUGCAAUCACCAAAAAACCAAAGUUACUGAUGACAGGGUCAAAUAAGAAAACAUUUGGCAUUUGUAAUAAUCACCUUUCCUAUAAAGGUAGCAUUCACAGUAAGGUUUCAAAGAAGAUGAAACAGAGAUAGAAAAGUAAAGAUACAGAAAAAGGGCUAUUGGACACCAUUUUUCUUUCAUCACAAAUUUCAUAAAACUUCAGUUUCACUAUUUUCAUAUUGUGCAUUGUCGAUAUUAAUGAAAUAGUGAAUAAUGCUAUAUGUAGGUAUAGAGGUGUAUGGAUGUCAUAGGACAAUUAACCAUAAGCAAAGACAAAAUGAUUAUGGACACCAAGGGUUGAGAUGACAAUAUGUUUUAACACUUAAAUAAAACCAACAAGAGGUCCAUGUUGUAUUAAAAUUCUAGCUCCUGUAAAGAUGACCUGGUUUUGAUUAUCAGUGAAAGGAAAAUACAUUUGACCAGGGUUUU